AUGAACUAUUCAGAUUUAUUGGCUAACAAGGGAACAUAUUCAACUGUCGGAGUAGAUCUCGUCAUUUUUAAACGAGAUAAUUUACAUGCUGAACAUGAUCAAAUCAAUUAUUUACUUGAUACAGCUGAUAAAGGAUCAUCAGAUGAGACUUCAAUUAGUAGUAAUUCUAUAAAACGUAAUGAUUUAUAUGAUAGUGGUUGUACAAUUAUUCUACGAAAAUCAUCUAAUCAAACUUCAAUAGAUGAAGAUAAUAAUAAUGAUGUACAAACUGAUAUAAAUCACUUAACAUCUGAACAGUUGCAACGACAUAUGAAAGUAUUUGCAUUAACGAAAAAAAAAACGAAACAUGUAUAA